AACCCUGUGCACAAAUUGUAGUUGUAUCGUGUGUAAAAUCUGCUGUGUAUUUGUUGUGAUGCUAACAGACUAAAACUAUCAGUGUGUGUGUGUGUGUGUGUGGUUAAUGUGUGUAUGUUGUGCAGCUAAGUGUAUAUUCUUGUGUGUGUGUGUGUGUGUGUGUGUGUGUGAGUGAGAGAGAGAGUGUGACCCUGAUGCAUGUGUGUGUUGCGAGUGUGUGUGACCCUGAUGUGUGUGUGAGACCCUGAUGUGUGUGUGUGUGUUGAGUGUGUGUGACCCUGAUGAGUGUGUGUGUUGUGAGUGUGUGUGACCCUUAUGUGCGUGUGUGUGUUGUGUGUGGUGUGUGUGUUGGCCGUGUUGGUGUGUUCCUCGCCCUCAGGUUGCUAUGACAGCUGUGUGCGUUGCCUUGGCGCCGUGCCCUACGUCACUCUGAGCGCCACGUUGCUGUGUUAUGCCGGAGUCGCACUCUUCUGUGCCGGAGCACAUGAGGCCCUCACACACACACACACACUCGUCCACACACACUUUGCCCGCGCGCAGCAAGACUUCGAGGUGCUUGCCGACUUUAUUAAAUAUUUUCAGUAUGUGAUUUAUGGUCUGGCGUCGUUCUUCUUCCUGUACGGAAUUUUGUUGCUCGCUGAGGGAUUUUACACCACCAGCGCCGUCAAGCAAACGUUUGGAGAAUUCCGGAGUACGAAGUUCAGCCGCUGCCUCAGCCUCACUUUCCUCAUCGUGACCUGUGUGCUGGCGGUGAUCUGGUUAGUCGUGUUUGCCUUCUCAGUGAUUCCCGUCUACUUCCUGUUCAACAUGGAGGAGACGUGUCACACCGUCCACAUCCUGUCUGAGACCACCACCAGCUUAAACCAGCAUGGCUGGGUGUGUGUGGACCCGCGGCAGUUCGGUUUGCUCCCCUGGAAGGCUACCCCAGGUAAAGUGUGUGGUAUGACCAUGGCCAACAUCUGCAAAGAACCUGAGUUCUACGUGACCUAUGACCUUUACAUCACGGCUUUUGCUGGAGCAGGAGGCACGCUGCUCGGCCUGAUCCUCUACAUCAUCGCUGCCACCUAUAACUAUGCUGUUCUGCGGUUUCUUGGCAGUAAGGGGAUCCGUUGCUAGGUGCAGCAUCAGUACAUGUGCUGUUGCUAGGUGCAGUGUUGCCAGGCAACAUGUCUCCUCUCUGAUGCGUGCUGCUGCACUUGUUGUUGCAUUGUCACGGCGACCGUGUCCAUGGGGGAUCCGCUAAAGAGGACCAGGAAGUGAAAAACAAACAAAGUGUGUAAACCACAGUGAGAUUAACCCGACUCACACUGAGUGAAGAAUAAACAUUAAACUUUACACAGUAUAAACAUUAAAAUCACCACAGGACGGGGUCGCUCGCUCUCUCUCUCUCUCUGUUUAAUUCUCUCUAUCCUUUCAUUUUCAAUCCUUCUAUCCAGAUCUCCAUCUUGAGUGAUGUUUUCAUUACCUCCUAAUUUUUUAAAUAGAUUUAUUUCUUGGUGUUUACUCUCUCUCUCUCUCUCUCACACACACACACACACACACGCGCCAGUCCCCUUUAACAGAGAUUUCAAAGCAGCUCUUAUUUAUCAGUGUCAUUUAAAUAAUUAACUUUAAAGAACGUGCAAAUUCCUGACUGGCUGUGUGUGUGUGUGUGUGUGUGUGUGUGUGUGUGUGUGUGUGUGUGGUUUUUUCCUCCAAUGGUGCUAUGGUCAUUGUAUUAAUAUUAAUUAAUGUGUAACAGUAAUACACACUGUACAUGUUUUAAUUCCACUGUGUGGGUUUCUGUUAAUCUGCUACACAACUGUGUGUGUUACGCUGUAAACCGUCUCAUGCUCUGCAAUAAACACACAUU